AAGACAGCACUUCCAACGACGCAGCACUCACCUGGUACUGACCCUGGAGGCGUCCGUCUAGAUUUUUAUACCCUCGGCCUCUGCAGUGGAACUUAAUCCCCAGCCUCUGUUUCACAGGUAACCGUCUCUCUCACCUGCAACCAUGAGCUUCCCUGACAUCCUGGAGAAGGUCGGAAGUGUGGGGAGGUUCCAAAUCAUCCACAUUUUGUUGCUAGCACUCCCAGUUUUAUUCAUGGCUAGCCAUAACCUGCUUCAGAACUUUGUGGCUGUUGUACCUGACCAUCACUGCCGGGUCCGUUUGGAAGUGAAUGUCUCGAGUCCCGCCAACACUACAACCAAGCUGCAGGCAGAGGAGCUUCUCCGCGCUUUCAUCCCUCUGGACCGGAAUCAGCAGCUGGAACAAUGCCGUAUGUAUUCCUCACCUCAGUGGCACCUGCUGGACCCCAACGCGACCUGGCGAAACACAACCGAGUACGACACGCAGAUAUGCACUGACGGGUGGACAUACAACCUCUCCCAGUUCAAAGCCACGGUUGUCACAGAGUGGGACCUUGUAUGCAGCAGUAAGGCUUUGAGAGAAGUUGCACAGUCAGUCUACAUGGGUGGUGUGCUGUCAGGAUCGAUCAUACUGGGAAGGCUUUCCGAUAGGUACGGGCGGAGGAUUCUCCUACUCUGGUCCCACUUCCUGGUGGCAAUCGCUGGAACGUGUGGGGCCUUUGCCUCUUCCUACUCCUUGUUCUGUUUCUGGAGGUUUCUGAGCGGGCUGGCACUGUCAGGGGUCAUACUCAACAGCUUCUGCCUGAGUCUGGAAUGGAUCCCAACAAAAGUGCGAACUGGCGUUUCAACAUACUUCAAUUAUUCCUACACGUUUGGUCAACUGCUCCUGGUCGGUGUGGCGUAUGGAAUCCGAGAUUGGCGUUGGCUUCAGUUUGCAGUGGCCUUCCCAUUUUACGUCUUCUUCCUUUACUCAUGGUGGUUCCCGGAGUCCGCCCGUUGGCUCAUUCUAAAUGACAAAGCUGACGUGGCCCUGAAGCAUCUCAAGAGGGUGGCAAAACUGAACGGCAAGGAGGAAGAGGGAGAAAAGCUCACCACCGCUAUUCUCAAGUCAAAUAUGGAGAAAGAGCUGUCAAACAUCAAGGAGACAUACAGUGUACUAGACCUGUUCAAAACACCUGUCAUGUGCAAAACGGCCUGCUGUACCAUGCUUAUUUGGUUUUCAACCAGCUUUGCAUAUUACGGGCUGGCGAUAGACCUGCAAGGGUUCGGAGUCGAUAUUUACCUCAUCCAGAUCAUUUUUGGAGCCGUCGACAUUCCAGCGAAGCUGGUGGGCGUCAUAACGCUAAGUUACAUAGGCCGACGAUUCACACAAGGUACCUCUCUCAUCCUGGCCGGGAGCAUUGUGAUAUCAAACAUCUUCAUUCCAAAAGACUUUGGGAUCUUAAAAACGUCAUUGGCGGCUAUUGGGAAGGGAUGCCUUGCAACUGCAUUCAGCUGCUGCUACCUCCAUGCAGGUGAACUCUACCCAACCGUGGUCAGGCAGACAGGGAUAGGACUCGUGACCACCAUGGCCCGAGUUGGAUCCAUGGUGUCCCCAGUUGUGAAGCUGACGGGUGAAACCGUGGCCUACCUGCCGAUGCUAAUAUACGGCGGCAUGGCGAUAGUAUCUGGAAUUUCUGCAUUUCUUCUUCCGGAAACGCUCAACAAGCCAUUACCAGACACGAUCGAGGAGGUGGAAGGCAGUGCCAAGAAAGAUGUUGAAAAAGCUGACGAGCCAAAGAAAGAUGAGAUUCCGCUGCAGGGAACACAGACAUCACUGAUGCAACGGUCCUUUGAACCAGACGCACCUCACUGUUAAUACCUCUCAGGCUACUGACUGCCGGCUGACAUUCUGUAACUUAUGUCCACUAUGACCCAGAACAUACAACACGUGUCAUACAUCACAUUCCUAACCCGCAAUAUAACGGAUGCGGGAUAUUGUACAUUCGCUGAUUGAGAUGAUCGAAAUUUAACUGUCACAAAACUA